AACAGGAGCGACAACGGGUCCACUUGUUAAACAUUCCUGUUGUUGUGUGACUUUGUCUUCAGGUAGUUUCCCCUUCCUCCCCCCUCCCUCCCUUACCUGUCAGGUGAGUCCACCUUCAGUCCGGUCCAACCUGCCCGGAUGUUCCUGCUCCAUGAAGCUCAGAGGAAACAGGGAAGCGAGCAGAGAGAGAGAAUGAAUCAUAUCACCGGUUGAUGCUGUGAAUGAGUGUGACCCGGUUCGGUUGAGUUCGGUUUCUGUAUCAGGAGAAGAUGUUUUCCUUCCUGCGCUCAGUCAGAGACCCCCCUCCUGAGAACAUCCACAUCUCCUCGCUGCCUCCCAGUUUUCCCACAGAUCAGCAGCAGCAACCGACGGGAGGACGAGCUGAUGACCUGGUGGAAGAGAAAGCAGUGAUCCAGACCACACACACACACGAAGUCUCGGCCCCCUCGGUCUUCCUCCAGAAACACAAUAAUGAACCUGUUUCCAGCACUUACUUCGACCAGAGGGUCCCUGUUCCCGAGGAGGACAGCGAGUGGGGGAUUAGUCUCCGUAAACUGUGGGCCUUCACUGGGCCGGGGUUUCUGAUGAGCAUAGCCUACCUGGACCCAGGUAACAUCGAGUCUGAUCUGCAGUCUGGUGCUAAAGCUGGCUUCAAGCUCCUCUGGGUGCUGCUGGGAGCCACCAUCAUCGGCCUGCUGCUGCAGCGUCUGGCGGCUCGGCUGGGCGUCGUCACCGGGAUGCACCUGGCUGAAGUCUGCAACCGCCAGUACCGCACUGUGCCUCGUGUCAUCCUGUGGUUGAUGGUGGAGCUGGCAAUCAUUGGCUCGGACAUGCAGGAGGUCAUCGGCUGUGCCAUCGCUUUCAACCUUCUCUCCUCUGGCAGGAUCCCGUUGUGGGCUGGCGUCCUCAUCACCAUCAUCGACACCUUCGUCUUUCUCUUCUUGGACAAGUAUGGCCUGAGGAAGCUGGAAGCCUUCUUUGGUGUGCUCAUCACUGUCAUGGCCAUCACCUUUGGAUAUGAGUAUGUGACGGUGAGGCCAGACCAAGGCGAGCUACUGAAGGGGAUGUUUGUGCCGUACUGCGAGGGCUGCGGGCCCGUUCAGCUGGCUCAGGCCGUCGGCAUCGUGGGAGCCGUCAUCAUGCCUCACAACAUUUACCUCCACUCUGCUCUUGUCAAGUCUCGAGAAGUAGAUCGGUCGAAAAGGAAAGAAGUGAAAGAGGCCAACAAAUACUUCUUCAUCGAGGCGACCAUCGCACUGUUCGUCUCCUUCCUCAUCAACGUGUUUGUGGUGGCUGUUUUCGCCGAGGCUUUCUAUGGACGCACCAACGAAGAGGUGCACACUGUCUGCAAUCAAUCUGGAAGUCCUCAUUCAUCUCUGUUCCCUCUGAACAAUGAAACUCUAGAGGUGGACAUCUACAAAGGGGGAGUGGUGCUCGGCUGCUUCUUUGGCCCGGCCGCGCUCUACAUCUGGGCCGUGGGGAUCCUUGCAGCUGGUCAGAGCUCCACCAUGACCGGCACGUACUCCGGUCAGUUCGUCAUGGAGGGUUUCUUGAACCUGCGCUGGUCGCGCUUUGCUCGAGUGUUGCUGACCCGCUCCCUCGCCAUCACUCCCACCCUGCUGGUUGCCAUCUUCCAGGACGUGCGGCACCUGACGGGCAUGAACGACUUCCUCAAUGUGCUGCAGAGCAUGCAGUUGCCAUUUGCCCUCAUUCCCAUCCUCACCUUCACCAGUUUGCCAUCUCUCAUGAAUGAGUUUGCCAACGGAUUGGUGUCUAAGAUCGGAGGAGGGCUGGUGAUCUUGCUCGUGUGUGCCAUCAACAUGUACUUCGUUGUGGUCUACGUGACAACACUCAACAGUGUGUGGCUGUAUGUGCUGGCAACGUUCUUCUCCAUAGCAUACCUGACAUUUGUGGGAUAUCUGGUGUGGUUGUGUCUAAUAGCUCUGGGAGUGUCCUGCCUCGAUCCGUCCACCAGGAGAGCCAACGACACGACGGUUCUCCUCGAGCAGCAGCUGGAGUUCAACUCCUGAAUCCAACGUGUGUUUGAGUGGACGUUUUAAGGAGCAGCUGUGACUGACCCUUUUUUUAAAAGUCACACUCUAAUUAAUGAUUAUACAAAACUAGUAUGGACGAUAUGGCCUAGAAUUAUUUAUUUUCAUAUUUUUCUUCUGAAGUAUAUAAAAAUCUAUUUUUUCCUACAUUUUUGCUCAAAUCAACAUGUGCCUUUAAUGUGACAUGAGCCUCCCGUCUGCUGUAGCUGCAGUAGCAACAGUGUUUGAAACUCCACCGCCUCCUGCUGCCACUUUCAGAAGGAGGGGGGACGCAGGGCCGGAAAUGGCCCCCCAGGCCGGCAGUUGGAGACCUCUGGUUUAUAGAUAUGUCAACAGUUUCUUUGUCUGUUGAUGUUUAACAGACUGUCUGUAGAGUAUCUGUGAUAAUUCAUGAACAUGUUUGUGUGUGUAAAAUCAGAAAACAUGUUGAAUCUCAACUGAUGAGCUGUUGAAAUGUUACAAAUACUCUAUAACAGUCUCCAAGUACCACCAGUAUGACUGAGGUUAAACACAGUACCGUACGCCGACCCUAAUCAGCUGCAGACUGUUCACACAGCAGGCAGGUUUAUUCCUAAUAAUAAGAUUAUCUAUUGUUGUUGAAUCCUGAACGGAACCGGUUCAAGAACCAGAGCUAAUGUUGUGUUAAAGGGUUCCUCCUGGUCCAGACUUCUCCUCCCAGUAGUCCCAGUUUGGAGCCACGAUUGCUGCGUUUAUGAACCAUUAAUUUAACCUCCGCUCACUAUCUGACCGUUUAAAUGACAUUUCAAGUAGUUUUAUUAGAAAUCUUGUAUUAUUUUGACAGUGUUAUAUGUUUUUUAAUGACAUUUUUAAAUAAUAAUUGAGAGAUUCCUCAGUGUAACCACUAGAGGCAGCACAUGUACCACCAGUGCCACACGUACCACAGUUUGAGAACCGGUUCUCUACAAACUAUCUGUAGGCGGACUAUCCAAGUGAAGUGUUAUUCAAUGUUUGUGCCGUCUCCUGUGCAGUCUCUCUGUUGGCCACAGGGAGGCAGUGCAGGCCACACAGGAGACCCCCUCACAUACAGUAACAGCACCAGAACCAUGCAACACAACAACAACACAUUAAAUGACACGGUGUGUUACAUCAUGUUUCAUGUGUUGCUCCCGGCUGCACACACACACACACACACACAGAAACAAGCAUUAUGGUAUGAAACAGAUAGGAAGAGGUUUCACUGGGACAUCUCAGUGUGUACGUUUAUGUCUGACAUGCCUGUGGUGUGUCUGAGGAGCUGCAACUAUUGUGUAACUGCGAGCAAGCACUGCUGGUUUCAGUGCUCGAAUUCCUGUCCUGAAGUGCUUCAGCCUCUGCUAACCGAGGAGAGGCGGAUGGACAGGUUUUUCUUUGCAUUGUGGCGGGGAACUUUUUUUUUCUCUCCCUGUCAUGGAGGGAGAGUUAUGUAAGAAGCGAGAGUCUUCCCACCGCCCCUCUCUGUUUUUGUUUUUCUCAAUGAGCCAAUGUCUCCCUGCCUAGGCCUCACAGCCUGUCCAGUAGGCCCCUUUCCUGGAAACAUAGCCUAGCAGAGGCCACUGAGGGGCAGGCCUGCAAGG